AUGAUACGAAUUUGCGCUAUAGUCUCCCUUUUAACCACCGUUGCUCAUGGACUGCUUCGUUUUCCAUGCUCACAGCUCGUCACUCAACGUUUCGAUCCUCUUGUCACUCCAGGACAGGUCUCUCCACACGUCCACCAGAUAGUUGGCGGGAAUGCAUUUAACCUGACGAUGGAUCCCGACCUUGACUUGCCUAACCUCGCGACUUGUACGACCUGUCGCUUCAAGGAGGACAAGUCGAACUAUUGGACGGCGGUGAUGUACUUCAAACAUCCGAACGGAAGCUUCAUCAGGGCGAGUUUCCUAUUAUCGCACCUUGAGCAAUAUCUGAAGAGUAGUGGAUUUAGGAUGGUUGUGGGAAAUCCCAUGCUGCGGUCCGAUAAAGCGUUUCCGCCCAAUAGCUCGGAGGCGUACGCCCUUACAUUCAGGUGCUGGGAGACAGAAGACCUACUCGGCUACUCGAACCUCGGUGCCCCCGGUACUGGAGCGUACGACACCAUUAAUCUCCCCAAUAGACCAUGCCCAGCAGGUAUACGCGCCAAUAUAUUCUUCCCUUCUUGCUGGGACGGUGUGAACCUCGAUAGCCCAGAUCACAGGAGUCAUGUCGCAUUCUUGGAGGGGCCAAUCAGACCUGAAGGUGGACUGUUCUUUCGGGAGGGGACGUGCCCCUACACCCACCCCGUUCGGAUUCCGCUUCUCUUCUAUGAGGUCUAUUGGGAUACCCGGCCUUUCAAUUCGCUUUGGCCGGAGGACGACAGUCAGCCGUUCGUCUUGAGUAUGGGAGAUCCAACUGGGUACGGGCACCACGGCGACUACGUCUUUGGAUGGGAAGGUGAUUCGCUCCAGCGCGCGAUGGAUAUAUGUACCGAUGUCCGUGGACGCCCGACCGACUGCACCGAACUCACUGUUCUCUCCGAUGAUGAGAUUAACAGCUGCACGCAAGAACCUCAAGUCGAUGAGAUAGUGGAAGGACAAUAUCUUCCAGAACUCCCUGGCUGCAAUCCUAUUCAACAUGGUCCGGCACCUGCAAUCCCGAUCGAUAACUGCGAUGCGGUUUCGACUACAGGAUUCGGCUCAGCCACUCGGGCCCUUCGUACUCUGGCAACUGCACGUCCUUGA